GGUACUUUGAAAAUCUACGGUGAUCAAAUCCAUCCGGACGUGCCUUACAAAACAUUGCUACUCUCAGUCUCCGAUACCGCAAGCCAGGUAGUGCGCGAGGCUCUCGAUAAGUAUGGCCUUGAGGAUAUGGACGCAGACGCCUAUUGCUUAGUAAUGAGGACGCGCAGCGCUUCGGAUUCGACCUCUUUUCGCAAAAGUGAGACUAGAAAUAUUGGAAUGGGAGCGAGAUCUCAUUGCGCUGGGUCCUCAAAAUUGGAAACGGAGGAGAUUCUUGCCGACACCGACUGUCCUCUCGGCCUUUUGCUCACCAUACCUCAGACUCCUGGCGCAGUUUCCACUUUCGAGGUGGGUUCUUUUUGCUAA